AUGAACUUCAGGAUGCUCCCUCAGGCACUGAAGAUGACCGUGAGGAGCGCGUCUCCUCUGCUCAGGUUUGUAGAAAGAUGGACUGACAACAUCUCCGUGUCUACAUCCCAGCAGGUGAAGACGCUGGAUCAGAUGCCUGGACCUUCAGCCGCGGGGUUCAUUUGGGAUCUCUUCUUCAAACAGGGCCUGUCGCGUCUUCAUCAACUGCAGCUGGAGGGAAGGAGGCAGUACGGGCCCAUGUGGAAAGCGAGCUUUGGACCCAUCCUGACUGUUCAUGUGGCAGAACCGGAACUGAUAGAGCAGGUGCUAAGACAGGAGGGCCAGCACCCCAUGCGAUCAGACUUGUCAUCCUGGAAAGACUACCGGCAACUUCGUGGGCAUGGAUACGGACUCCUUACUGCUGAGGGUGAGGAAUGGCAGAACGUUCGGAGUCUGCUGGCGAAACACAUGUUACGACCGAAAGCUGUGGAAGCAUAUGACGGCACACUAAAUGCUGUAGUGACUGACCUCAUUAACAAACUGAAGCUACGCAAGCGAGAAAACAGCAGCGGCCUCAUCACUGACAUCGCCGCUGAGUUUUACUGCUUCGGUCUGGAAGGGAUUUCAUCUGUGCUGUUUGAGUCCAGGAUUGGCUGCCUGGAACCAGUUAUUCCCAUGGAAACAGAAUAUUUUAUCCAGUCAAUCAACACUAUGUUUGUCAUGACUCUGCUCACUAUGGCUAUGCCUGCUUGGCUGCACAGACUCGUCCCCAAACCCUGGGACAAAUUCUGCCACUGCUGGGACUACAUGUUCCAGUUUGCUAAAGGGCACAUUGACAAGCGUCUAGAGGAGGAAGCACAGCGAGUUACGCGAGGAGAGAAGUUAGAGGGACGCUACCUCACCUUCUUCCUGUCACAGGCAGGAAUGCCUUUGAAAUCUGUGUACAGCAACGUGACUGAGCUGCUUCUCGCUGGUGUUGAUACGAUCUCCAGCACAUUGUCGUGGUCACUCUAUGAGCUGUCUCGGCAUCCGCAGAUCCAGAAUGCAUUACGUGAUGAGGUUUUGAGUGUACUGCGGGGCCGUAACAUCCCAAAUGCGUCUGAUGUUGGAGCUAUGCCUCUAAUGAAAGCUGUUGUGAAAGAAAUCCUCAGGCUGUAUCCUGUAAUUCCAGCAAAUGCUCGAGUCAUCACCGACAAAGAUAUUAAAGUUGGUGGAUACCUGAUUCCUAGAAAUACUCUAAUCACCCUAUGUCACUACGCCACCUCCCGUGACUCAAAACAAUUCCCUGACCCGGAUGCGUUUAUCCCUCAGCGCUGGUUGAGCCGCUGUGAGCGGAGCCACCCUUAUUCCUCUGUACCCUUUGGAGUGGGCAAACGCAGCUGUAUUGGCAGACGCAUCGCUGAAUUGGAGGUCUACCUAGCACUUUCUAGGAUAUUAAUUCACUUCAACAUGGAGCCUGCAGAAGAGAGCAAUACAGUCCAUCCAAUGACCAGAACUCUAUUGGUUCCAGAGAGAGAAAUCAACGUGUGUUUCAUUGAGCGCUGAGCGCUUCAGGUCAGAGGUCAUGGGACAAAGUGUUUAAGACCUGACCCUCUCUAAUGUGGAGAUGCAGAGGGCCAGGUGAACGUCAGGCCCUCCAGCAGCAUGAGGGGGACCUGAGAUGCUGCAUCAGCCCCUGAAUUACCAAAUUGCAAUGACAGUCUAUAGUUACACAAGCCUCUAUGUGACUGCAAAAAAAGAGAAAAGCAAUGAAGUGCUUGUUACACAAAAAAAGCUUUGUGUCCAAUACCUGAAUACCAACAACACCAACCAAAACGAUAACUAAAAAGUUGGUUAAAUUGAUGUAAUGCAUAAAGAUCGUCCCUACGAUAUCCAGAAGAUGCACUACAAAUAAUAAUUUUCCGCUACUCUGAUGUACUGGGUUGUAAAUUUUAAUUUUUAUCCAUUGUUGUUGUUUUCAUUUUCCUGAAAAUGUUAUAUGAUUUAGGUCUAUAAUAACAUGGACUUGACAAACAUAGUCUACAGUGUAAGUUAAUAAAUCAUUAACGACAACCAAGUGAGAGUGCUCCCGAAACUAAUAAUAUAUUUGUAUUAAUUCGGUCACGAAUUUGAAUUUGUUUUGAAAAGUCAAAAGUUUAAAUCAUUGCAACAAACAUCCAGUUACCUUGUCAGUGAAAUAUUGCGACACUUGGUACUUUUAAUGUGAUAUUUAAAUCACAAGAACUUCCGUGACAAGAACUAUUUUGGUCUUACCAAGCUGUGUUGUGGGUUCUUAGCCAUUUCUUUUUGUUCUGCUCUUGCAGUGUAUUAAAAAAGGUAAUAGAUGAUGCAAUCUUGCUAUCUUUUCAAUUUAAUGAACAAUAUCCCAUGAAGUAUACCACUGGACUACACUUCACAAUCUUUCAUCCUUCUCCGGGUCUAUUUUCAAGAGGGCACAUUAAAACUUUUUCUCCCCUUUACUUCUAAUCCCUGUUAGCAUCAUUGACUUUGGGAAGGUUUCUAAUCAGGUGCAGAGAUUGCUGUCAAAACGUGCUGGGCAUUUUUGCCAGUGCCUUCAUUCCAGCCGGAUCAGUCAUCAGCCAGAAGCCAAUCAUAGAUGUUUCGCCAAUUAAUUUCAAGAACAUCUCCUAGUGGUGGGGCAGUGGUCAGGAACAUUUCCCUGCCAGCCCCUGCAGGUGGACACCAUAUCCUUUCCAUUUCAUCUCUUUUUUUGCCUUCCCAUCAAGAUAUUCCUCCUUUACAGGUCAUAACAUGCAGAUAAGGUUCAAUGACCCUACAUGAGAAAUCCUACCCUACGUCCCAAGGCCUCUGCUAUAGCACAUCUGCUGCACAUACUAUAGGCCUACCAAAUACACUGUGCAGCAUAUAAACUUCCAUGCGACCAUAUGCGCAAACCCAAUGGCUAAGGCUGUGCUAGCCCCCCAAAGUAGAGAACGCAGUUGGCAAGAUGCCUAUUUUUUUAAUUGUUAAAAUUAUGGAUUGUGUGAAUGAUGUUUUUAAAAUUCAGUUAAAUUACAAAAACCUGUCAGUUAAUGUAACCUCUGAAUAUCCAAUAAAAGAAUGUGUAAUGAAAAAGAAAAAUAUGUUUUUGUUGUAUAAAGAGGCACAAACUGGUUCAACACCAGCUGCCAAUUUGUCCAGAUACUCGGGUGACAUUUCAACCCACACAUCCUGUAGCACUUGCCAUAGAUGUGACUGUCUUGUUGGGCACUUCUCACGCACCAUACAGUCUAGCUGUUCCCACAAAAGAUCCAUAACACUUUUUUCCAAUUAUCUGUUGUCCAGUGUCUGUGUUUCUUUGCCCACUCUAACCUUUUCUUUUUGUUUUUCUGUUUCAAAGGUGGCUUUUUCUUUGCAAUUCUUCCCAUAAGGCCUGCACCCCUGAGUCUUCUCUUUACAGUUGUAAAUGAAACUGGUGUUGAGCAGGUAGAAUUCAAUGAAGCUGUCAGCUGAGGACAUGUGAGGCGUCUAUUUCUCAAACUAGAGACUGAUGUACUUAUCCUCUUGUUUAGUUGUACAACUGGGUCUUCCACAGCUCUUUCUGUCCUUGUUAGAGCCAGUUGUCCUUUGUCUUUGAAGACUGUAGUGUACACCUUUAUAUGAAAUCUUCAGUUUUUUGGCAGUUUCAAGCAUUGUAUAGCCUUAUUCCUCUAAACAGUGAUUGACUGGCAAGUUUCUAGAGAAAGCUGUUUCUUUUUUUGCCAUUUUUGCCAUAAUAUUGACCUUAAGACAUGCCAGUCUACUGCAUACUGUGGUAACUCAAAAAUUAACACAAUGUUAAGCUUCAUUUAACGAACCAAAUAGCUUUAAGUAGUGUUUGAUAUAAUGGCAAGUGAUUUUCUAGUACCAAAUUAGCAAUUUAGCAUAAUUACUCAAGGAUAAGGUGUUGAAGUGACGGCUGCUGGAAAUGGGGCCUGUCUAAAUUUGAUAAAAAAAAAAAAAAAAUUUCAAAUAGUGAUGGUGCUGUUUUUUUACAUCAGUAAUGUCCUGACUAUACUUUGUGAUCAGUUGAAUGCCACUUUGGUGAAUUAAAGUACCAAUUUCCUUCCGAAACAGCAAAAUCUGUACAUUCAAAACCUUUGGCUGUGUGUGUGUGUGUGUGUGUGUGUAUACACAUACACACAGGGUUGGGGAGUAACGGAAUACAACGGGAUUACGUAUUUAAAAUACAAAAUAUAAGUAACUGUAUUCCACUACAGUUACAAUUUAAAUCAUUGGUAAUUAGAACACUGUUACAUUCAAAAAGUAUUUUGAUUACUGAAGAGAUUACUUUGCAUUUUAUUGUCAUUUGUUUCAUUUAAUAUUUAGUCCUUUCAGAUGAAAACAUUUAUACAUGUAAAUGUUGCGAUCCAAAGUGUAUUUGAAGUGCGGUGAAACACUUUCUUAUGAGGUGUUACAUUCAUACAAGCAGACAGAAGUAAGUUUGGAGCAGAAGAAAUGGGGAACUUGUGUAAAUUGUCAGCUUUAUGCUAGCUAAAAUGCUAUUUCUAGCUGUUUUACAUGCACGUUACCAGGCAUGAUCAUUUUUUUUUUUAUCAAGAAAAUUCACGUUAGAUCAUAAUUUCUUUUUUCUAUUAAGAUGUUUGAUAUUAGGGCAAAAAUCAUAUUCUUGAUAAUUUUUGUAUUGUUUUCCUGUAAAAAUAUCUAAAAAUCUUUAAUACAAGAUCAGUUUGAUUUAUCUUGUUUUAGAAACAACACUGCAUAAGAUAUAUAGGUUUUUCAGAGAAUGUAUUUUUAACGUGUAUUUUGUCUUAAUGUACUGGCAGAGUUUUUACAGUCAAAACAAUUGAAAAAAAUCUACCAGUGCAGAAGAAGUAAUCCAAAGUAUUUAGAAUACAUUACUGACCUUGAGUAAUCUAACGGAAUAUGUUACAAAUUACAUUUUACAGCAUGUAUUCUGUAAUCCGUAGUGCAUUAUAUAUAUUAUAUAAUACAUUAACCCUCCCAACCCUGUAUGUGUGUGUGUGUGUAUGUAUG